UAACAUUACAAUUCACACGUGACGUCAUCAUUUGUGCUGCUGGCAGAAUACUAGUAAUAAUUACUAGUCAGGAUCUGUGGGCGAAACAGAAACUGUCAGUAGAAGAGAGGAUGCGUGUUGUGUUUCAGGUAUGGCCUGGAGAGCUGUGUUCACAGCCUUGGAGGCAGUGUGUGAGGAAAACAUCACAGCUCUGUCUGGGCCUACCGACUUGCUGUACGGUAACGCUUCCGAACGCUUGGUGACCUGCAUGAGAAAGAUUCAGGACCAUGGCCGUGCCCUCAAACCUGUGGUUGCUGGUUUUACUGCAGUGUACCACCACUAUGACUUUGACGCAGAUACCCCUGGGAAUGGGUAUCGCACACUGGUAAAGGUGCUGCAGUCUUGCCUUUUGCACAUCAUCCACAAGGGCCGCUACAUUGCCUCUAACUGCCACAGGGCCUUCUUCAGGGCCAACCACAACGCCUCAGAGAUGGAAGCCUACUCCAGUGCCCUGUGUCAGCUGCGGGCCCUUCUCUACCUUGCUCAGCGUCUGCUCCACGACAACGGUCAUGGGCAACUGUACGCCCUGCAGGAUGGAGAGCUGAGCAGGAGGUUUGUGAGGGAAUACACCUCCAUGCACAAGGCCUGCUUCUAUGGCCGCUGCUUGGGCUUUCAGUUCUCGCCUAACCUUCGUCCGUUCCUGCAGACAGUUGUCAUAAGCAUGGUCUCAUUCGGAGAGAGCUACGGAAAACAACAGUCUGGGUUAGGCAUGGCAGCUUUCUCCUUCCUUACCUCUGGGAAGUAUGUCAUUGAUCCAGAGCUGAGGGGAGCAGAGUUUGAGCGGAUCACCCAGAAUCUGGACAUGAAGUUCUGGAAGUCUUUCUGGAACCUCACAGAAUCAGAGCUUCUAUCGGGCUUGGCCAGUAUAGCCUCUAACCUAGUGCAGCUGAACCUCACCCUGACCAUACCUCCUGAACCACUGCGCCUCCCCCUGGCCUCAGACCCCCGUCUCUUUGCCCCCGUGUCCCCUCCGGUGGCCCACUGGGGCCCUGGACCUGUUAACAUGCGGCUCAUCUCCUAUGAACUUCGAGAAGGACAGGACAGUGAAGAGCUGCUGGCUUUCUCUCGUACAGAAGCUACCCCCAUCUCUGUGUCUUUGGUACCGUUUGGUGCUCGGAAGCACCCUCCCUCCCCCUGGCUGCUGAUCCACUUCCAUGGAGGAGGCUUUGUGGCCCAGACUUCGAAAUCCCAUGAGAACUAUUUGAAGAGCUGGUCCAAGGAUCUAAAUGUCCCCAUCCUGUCUGUGGACUACUCCCUUGCCCCUGAGGCCCCAUUUCCCAGAGCCCUGGAGGAGUGCUUCUAUGCCUACUGUUGGGCCCUCAAGAACUGCCAUCUUCUGGGCUCCACGGCUGAGCGUGUGUGUCUGGCUGGGGACAGUGCUGGGGGUAACCUCUGCAUCACAGUGUCUAUGAGGGCAAUAGCCUGCGGUGUGCGUGUCCCAGAUGGUAUUAUGGCUGCCUACCCAGCUACCCUGCUCACCACUGACGCCUCGCCCUCCCGUCUGCUCACCCUCAUUGACCCACUACUGCCAUUAGGAGUGCUCUCCAAGUGCCUCAACGCCUACGCAGGUGUAGACUCUCAGGCGGUACAGUCCACAGAGGGGACCAGCACAUUGAGUGCUCUAGGUAGAGACACAGCCUUGCUGAUCAGUGACCUCACACACGGGGCAUCCAAUUGGAUCCAGUCCUUCCUUCCUGCAGAGGUCCUAGGGUCACUGUCAUCGUCACACCAGAAGUCCCUCGACAACGAGGCCCACUACACAUCAACGUCACCCUAUUCCUCCUCAUCCAACUCCUCCUCAGGUCCUAGGUAUUACCCAGAAGGUUUUGAGCCCCUGCGCUCUGAGCGCCUCGCUGUGAUCCAGACGACUAGCUGUCCCAUCGUCAAGAACCCGUUUGUGUCACCGCUUCUAUCCCCUGAUGACCUACUGAGAGGACUACCGCCUCUACACUUAGUGGCCUCUGCACUGGAUGCCUUGUUGGAUGACUCUGUGAUGUUCGCCAAGAAACUGCGGGAUAUGGGCCAACCAGUGACCCUGAAGGUGGUGGAGGACCUCCCACAUGGCUUCCUUAGCCUAUCGGGGCUCGCUAAAGAGACACAGGUGGCCUCAGACAUCUGCGUAGAGCGAAUCAGAGAGGUCUUUCAGCAGCAAACCCCACCUCCCUGUACUGACAAGCAACCAAAGUUGGAAAGGACCAAUCAUGGCCCAUCAAAUUGAGUGGCUGACCAGCUGCCUAAUAAAAUGGAGGGGAAAGUGUAGUUGUUAGAUUAGAGUUUGUAGGGAACUGAGGAGUCAUGCAUGUACAAUUUAUCAAAUGGUGAAGAGGGCGGGGGGGAAAAAAUACACUAAGGAUGGAAGAAAAAGGGAGGACAGGCCCCUUGAGGGGCUUUCCAGAUUAUUUUACUCAAUGGUAGUCUGGGGGAAAAGGCAGUCGUCUAGUUGACUGACAGCACAAUACGAUCAUUCAAAGCACACUGGGGGAAAAGUAUGAAAUGUAGUGUCCUUUUUAACAUUGCAGAAACAUAACACAGGGUUAGUUAAUAAAACCAAUUUGACCAGCAUUGAAAGAAAUGCCUUGUCUGGUUGCUAUUCUGUUUUUAUGCUUUAACCAACCCCUUUGUCAUUGAUUUGGCUAAAGCAGAAACAAAAUGGCAACCAGCUACUUAGAAAUAGAAGUAAUAAUCUCUGAAUAGACAGAUUUGUGUAAUCAGAAGUAGUGCCUUUAACUCACUGUACUGUACAAACAAAUCCCUUUAUUUUACCUUGCCUGUAUCAUCGAGUUGAACAACUAAUAGGACCUAAUGCAUACAUACAGUGCCUUUCGAAAGUAUUUAGACCCCUUGACUUUUUCAACAUUUUAUAAGAUUAGUCUUAUUCUAAAAUUGAUUAAAUAGUUUUUUCCCCUCAUCAAUCUACAGACAAUGCUCCAUAAUGACAAAGAAAACAGGUUUUUAGAAAUGUUUGAUAGUUUAUAAAAAAAAAAAA